CUUUUUUUUUAUUAUUAUUUAUUAAUAUUGUAAUAGUAAUUCAUUAUGACUCAAAUGAAUCCUAUGUCCAUCAAACAUCUUUUAUGCUCAUCCAAUGAUCUAGAUGGUGAAAUUAAAUUUAAUCAUUAUAUACCUAGUCCUGUAAUAUCAUAUCAUAGUAAUAGUAGUAGUGAUGAUGAUGAUGAUGAUGGUGAAUCAUAUGAUACGGAGGACAUUCAAGUAAAAUCACCUCAGCAACCUAUUUUUUACAAUCAUCAUCGAAGAGCCUAUAGUGACAAUAACAUCCACAGUACUAGUAGAUUAUAUGAACUACAUUGUCGUGCUAUAUUACCUUAUCGACGGCGUCGUAGUCAUUCGUCAGGGGAAAUGAAUAGUCAAAUCAGAGUCCCUUGGACACCAGCCGAAGAUAUGUUAUUACAGCAAGGAUAUGAACAAGGUCUCUCUUGGGCUAUGAUUGCAGCCACUUAUCUUCCACAUCGAUCUCGUGGUUGUUGUUGGGGUCGAUUUAAAACUUUAAAGAACAAAAAAUUUUUAACUGUUCGUCGUCAGAUACGUGCAAAAUCUAAACCUUGGAAAACGUUAAAUCCGAUGGAUAUGAAGCGUACUUUAUAAUUUUUAUUUUUUAUUAGUCAAACUUUUUUUUAUGUUUUAUGUUAUGUUUAUGUUAUCUAUGCUUCUUUAUAUGAUUCUUUUAUGACAGUUGUACUUUUAUCAUAAUUUUGAAUGAGCGCUUCCUUUUUUUUUUUUUUU